AGCAAAUAUGGCCCUUGAGUAUUUAGCGUGGCAAUUGCCGUUGUUAUUGGAAAGGAUACGUCGGUUAGAACGGCGUGUAGAGAGAAGACGGCUGAGAGAUGCUCAGAACCCUUUUGAUCUCCCACGAGAAGAGUUUAUCGACUAUUUUCGUCUUACUCCAGAAAUUGUAAUUCAAGUAACAGAUGCGGUACGGGCUGAUUUACAGAAUCAACGAAUUACCGGCUUAGAGCCAGAAAUAAAGGUGUUGACUGCCAUUCAAUUUUAUGCUCAAGGCAGUUACCAAAGAAGUGUUGGCAAUCAGUUUCAAUUCAAUGUUAGCCAGACAACAACAAGCCGUUGCAUCCAUGCUGUGACUGAUGCAAUCAAUCUGCGCUUGUUGCGUAGCUUCUCGAGUACAUGAAGAGGCUUUUAUCAACCAUCAUGGAAACCAUUCCUUGAACGUGCAAGCUAUUGUUGACCCAGAUAUGAAAGUGCUUAAUAUCAAUCCAAGAUAUCCAGGAGCACGAAACGAUGCAUACAUCUGGAGCACAUCCCCGAUUUGUCGCGCCAUGGAAUUUCAUUACAACAGAGGAGAACGGAGAACUUGGCUGAUCGUGAUGCUGGAUAUCCACUGGAACCAUGGCUCAUGACACCCUUGGCUGAUUUUCCCGAGGACACCCGACAGUUUCAAUACACGGAGCAGCUUUGUAAGGCGAGAAAUGUAGUUGAACGUUUCUUUGGUGUCUUAAAAUCAGUAUGAAGAUGCCUUUCCUACCAACGUGUAUUAAUGUACAAACCAGCAUUUGCUGCUAAAAUAGUAAAUGCAUGUGUAGUACUUCAUAAUACGAGAAUUCAAUACCGUUUACCAUUUGAUGAAUUCGAAGAACCAAUAGCUGCUAAUCAUCAAAAUAGACAUGCCAAUCUCAUGGAUGUCAAUAAAAAUGUACCUCAAAUAGGGCCACGCGCUUUGGCUGUAAGAAUUCAGUGGCAAAUUAUGCGAGAGAGAUUUCCCAACUUUCGUGAUGCACAAGAUGAACGUGCCCAAGAUGAGUAAGAAUGAUGAAUUGCAUAAAUCACAACAUGAAUUCAAUGUAAUCCAUGCUUCCGAAAUUUGUAUUUUAUUAUCUAAUAAUGUGAAUAUAUGUGUAAAUAUGUAUGUAUAUAUGUAUGUUUAUAUGUAUGUAUGUAUGUAUGUGCGUAUUUGUUUAUAUGUAUGUUUAUAUGUAUGUUUAUAUAUAUGUUUAUAUGUAUGUAUGUAUUUGCGUGCGUGCUGUGUAUAAAUAAUGACGAUAAAACAGAAUAAUCAACUUAAGCCAGCGGCAUACGAUGCUUGUUCGUGCUGGAUUGCUUGCUGGAUGGAAAUAUUCUGUUCUGAUUGGAACAUUUUUAUCCAUCUUCAGAAAUGCGCCAAUCAGAACAUAGUAUUUUCACCCAACAGGCAAUCCAGCGCCAAAACAAGCAUCGUGUGCCGCUGGCUUUAGAUUAAUUUUUAAAAAUUUAUUAAUCAUAUAAUGAAUAUUAUUGAAUCUAAGAUUAGGUAAUAGAAUAUGUAGGUAAUAGAUGUAGGUAAUAGCAUAAAAAAGUAUAAACACGAAAUUGCAGUUUGACGGAGAGACAAAAUGCAAAAAAAUUUUUUUUUUUAUAAUUAAUUUUAUUUAAUACUUAUUGUUUGCUGCAGUGUAAGCAAUGGAACAUCUUUUUAUUAAUCUAUUAAAUGUACAGAAAAAAAUAAAGAAAAUAAUCGCGUAUAAAAA